AUGAACCACAACGACAACCUGAUGAACCACAACGACAACCUGGUGAACCACAACGACAACCUGAUGAACCACAACGACAACCUGGUGAACCACAACGACAACCUGGUGAACCACAACGACAACCUGGUGAACCACAACGACAACCUGCUGAACCACAACGACAACCUGGUGAACCACAACGACAACCUGAUGAACCACAACGACAACCUGGUGAACCACAACGACAACCUGCUGAACCACGACGACAACCUGGUAAACCACAACGACAACCUGAUGAACCACAACGACAACCUGAUGAACCACAACGACAACCUGGUGAACCACAACGAAAACCUGAUGAACCACAACGACAACCUGGUGAACCACAACGACAACCUGGUGAACCACAACGACAACCUGGUGAACCACAACGACAACCUGGUGAACCACAACGACAACCUGGUGAACCACAACGACAACCUGGUGAACCACAACGACAACCUGCUGAACCACAACGACAACCUGGUGAACCACAACGACAACCUGGUGAACCACGACGACAACCUGGUGAACCACAACGACAACCUGCUGAACCACGACGACAACCUGGUGAACCACAACGACAACCUGGUGAACCACGACGACAACCUGGUGAACCACAACGACAACCUGCUGAACCACAACGACAACCUGCGACAACCUGAUGAACCACAACGACAACCUGGUGAACCACAACGACAACCUGAUGAACCACAACGACAACCUGAUGAACCACAACGACAACCUGGUGAACCACAACGACAACCUGAUGAACCACAACGACAACCUGGUGAACCACAACGACAACCUGGUGAACCACAACGACAACCUGGUGAACCACAGCAACAACCUGGUGAACCACAACGACAACCUGGUGAACCACGACGACAACCUGGUGAACCACAACGACAACCUGCUGAACCACAACGACAACCUGAUGAUCCACAACGACAACCUGGUGAACCACAACGACAACCUGGUGAACCACUACGACAACCUGGUGAACCACGACGACAACCUGGUGAACCACAACGACAACCUGAUGAACCACAACGACAACCUGGUGAACCACAACGACAACCUGCUGAACCACACCGAAACCUGGUGAACCACAACGACAACCGAUGA